AUGGUCACAACCUCUAGCAUUAGAAGGGCCCUUGUAGCGACGGACUAUUACCUCCACAACCUGUCCGAGUUUCAGUCGUAUCACCUGGUAUAUGUUGAUGAAUCCGGCAGUGAUAAACGGGUCGGGUUCAGGCGCACCGGUUGGGCAACUCUUGGUAGAGCUCCUUUGCAAGUAACACAGUUUCAUCGCGACCAGCGAUAUCAGAUGCUGCCCGAGUAUGCCCAAGAUGGAAUCGUUCUCUCGCGAGUCUUCCGCGGCUCUACGGAUGCUAUCGUGUUCAAGAACUUCAUAGCUCAGCUACUCCAGCAUUGCGGAAGAUGGCCAGAACCUAAGUCCGUUCUUGUGAUGGACAACGCAUCAUUUCACCACUCAGAGCGUCUCGCACAAAUGUGUGUGGAUGCUGGGGUGAAGUUGGUUUAUCUGCCGCCAUAUUCGCCCUCAACCCAAUUGAAGAAUUCUUUACCGAGCUUAAAAGUUUUAUCAAGCGUGACUGGAGUCGCUAUGAGAGAGACCCCGGCCAAGGCUUUGAUAUUUUCCUCGAAUGGUGUAUCAAUGUGGUCGGUGCAAAAGAAGAGAGUGCCAAAGGCCAUUUUCGCCAUGCGGGAUUGA